ACAAAUUGCUUCUUCAUAGGAACCACCGCCACAGCCACAACACCGUAAACGUCUCGGGCGCAUCUAGCCUCGAAAAACAGCGAAUCAUGACCGUCGACCGUUGCCUCGCGGAAACAUGGCUCCGUUCGCAGCAAGGCUGCGAGCUUCCGACACAUGCAGCUUUGUGUACAGCAGGAGCGAUUCUGAUACCGCAGGCAGCCGCACUAACUGUUCGUAGUAGUUGUGGGACGGGCACAGCCGCCGCAUAUGCACGUGUAAUGCAGCGCGUGGGUAACGAGUCUGCUUGGGGCCGUACCAACGCGUCUAUCGCUGGUCUGCUGCACACGGUGAUUCUUCGCGAUUCUUGUUGUUGAUGCUAACAAAAAGACUGAGAUAGUGCUAGGAGCUAAGAGUGCUCACCGUGUUGUUCUGCUCAGCCGCCGAUGCGAGGCUGCUAUGAAGCCUACGAAACGAUCCAGGCAUGCGGCACAGCAGUGACAUUCAGCACCGCCACACGUAUGUU